UUGACCACGGCUUGUCUCUGAACCAGUCUUGAACCAGUCUUGAACCAGUCUUGAACAAGCCACUACGGUGACGAGGUGAAAAGACAGCUCCACAAGUUGAACACACAAACUGUCUGUCUUUGAGGGGGGAAACAGAUAUAUAAUGAGGCUCUUUCUCGCCCAUUUCGUCGAGAAUCCAACCUCUCCAAGCAAUACACAUCCACUGCUCUAUUCUGCCUCUUUUCUGCCUACACUGCUACUAUUUCCACAUACCAUCUACGAAGUUUUCACCUUAUAAAUCAUCUUAGCAGCAAUGGCCGUUACUCAACUCAUGUACCACCCCACUGUUCAGGCCCGAGUUGGCCAAGUGCUGGCUCCAGCCAUUACAGUCGGGCAUCCGAACAUGGAUCCAACUGCCUUCUAUUACUUUGCAACCCCUGUGCUUCUAAGCGCUACCGGCACCGUGGUUGAGGGCCUCCUCCAGGGGAACAGAGCUGUGACAGGCAUGCCAAUCAACGGGGGUGCCGCCAUCCAGUACACUUUAACCGAUCUGGUCAUCUUAGCCCCCGGAACAUACUACAUUCGCCUAGAUCUGUACGGGAUGUCUACUGAAGGCGCAAAUCUUGUGGCACAGACCAAUCCGGCCCUGGUUACGGUGUCCAACUAGAUCAAGUAUCAGCACUGUAUCUAUCGGGGUUCGGGGUUACUCAAUUGGGAGUCAGACUCUGGACAUUGUUUGGGAAGUACUACUUAGUACCAAGGGAAUUUUGUUUGUUUCAUACUAUUAGGUAGCCAUAGCAUGGCGGCCUGGGGACAGUACCCGAGAGAGCCCUUUGCCUCUAACAGCAGAGUGUGGGUUCUAGGGGAAUAAAAAGCAUGGCAAU